AUGUCGAACCCACUUGCCCACGCCAAGAUUGCGCUCCGCAAAUCCAGUGAACGCGGAUACGCUGAACAUGGCGGUUGGCUUAAAUCGUUCCAUACGUUCAGUUUCGCCAGCUACUACGAUCACAAAUUCCAGAAUUUUGGAAGUUUGCGCGUUCUUAAUGAGGACCGUGUUGCAGCGCGCAACGGAUUUCCCACCCAUCCCCAUCGUGAUGCAGAAAUCUUUAGUUACAUCCUCAAUGGCGAGCUCACGCACCGCGAUAGCAUGAUCAAGAAGGGCUCCGAAGGAGAACAAGGAAAACAAUUUUACCGAAUGAAGCGAGGAGAUGUACAAUUCACCACAGGCGGAACGGGAAUCGCACACUCGGAACAGAAUGAAUCCAACAAGUCGGUGCACUUCCUUCAAAUCUGGGCACUUCCCUGGAAGCACGGCCUCAAGCCACAGUAUCACACUAUGUCCUUUAGCGAAGAAGCCAAGCGCAAAGCAUUUGUUCCUAUCUUAUCCCCGCUUGCGGCGGGACCCGAAGCUACUCCGGCACAGGAAGACGCUGCCGUGCCCAAACUUCCCGGCACUAUUCCCAUUCAUGCUGAUUUUGUCAUGGGCGCUGGAAUUAUUGAACCGGCCUCGACAUUCAAGUGGACCGUUGGUGCCGGAGAUGCGGUGGAGUCCAAGAAGAAGCGAAACGUUUACAUCCACCUGCCUAUGACCAAACAGGGCAAGUCCAAGGUCAAGAUCGAUGGUCGGGAGGAUGCCGUUCUUGAAGAGGGCGAUGGAGCCUUUGUUACUAUGGUGAAUGCUGGAGAUGCGCUUCGGGUGGAGAGUGUUGGAGAAGUAGAGGCGGAAGUCAUUGUGCUGGAUAGCAACUGA